GAAACACACAGAGGCAAAAGCUGACACGAAGGAAACAUCCCCGGGAUAUCCUUCUGAGCACCAGAGAGCGCACCACUGAAAGAACUUAAAAGAAACCGGCGAAAUGUCUGCACCAAAGGGAGUAUCCAUUGGCAUUGAUCUGGGAACCACCUAUUCUUGUGUUGGGGUUUUCCAGCAUGGCAAAGUUGAGAUCAUUGCCAACGAUCAGGGCAAUAGAACCACUCCAAGCUAUGUGGCUUUUACUGACACAGAAAGGCUUAUUGGAGAUGCUGCCAAGAACCAAGUUGCAAUGAACCCCAAUAACACAAUCUUUGAUGCCAAACGGCUGAUUGGAAGAAAGUUUAAUGACCCAGUCGUACAGUCCGACAUGAAGCUCUGGCCUUUCAAGGUGAUUGACGAUAAUGGAAAGCCCAAAGUCCAGGUGGAAUACAAAGGGGAGACCAAGGCAUUCUAUCCUGAGGAAAUUUCCUCCAUGGUCCUGGUUAAAAUGAAGGAGAUAGCUGAGGCCUACCUGGGACAAAGGGUGUCAAAUGCAGUCAUCACAGUGCCAGCUUAUUUCAACGACUCCCAGAGACAAGCUACCAAGGAUGCUGGGGUGAUCUCUGGACUAAAUGUUCUGAGGAUCAUUAAUGAGCCCACAGCAGCAGCCAUUGCAUACGGCCUGGAUAAAGGCAAAACAGGAGAACGCAAUGUGCUGAUCUUUGAUCUUGGCGGAGGCACCUUUGAUGUGUCUAUUCUGACCAUUGAAGAUGGCAUCUUUGAGGUCAAAGCCACUUCAGGAGACACACACCGUGGUGGGGAGGACUUUGACAACCAAAUGGUCAAGCACUUUGUAGAGGAAUUUAAAAGAAAACAUAAGAAGGACAUUAGCCAGAAUAAGAGAGCAGUGAGGAGACUGCGUACAGCUUGUGAGAGGGCAAAGAGGACCUUAUCCUCCAGCACUCAGGCAAGCAUUGAGAUCGACUCUCUCUUUGAGGGAAUUGAUUUUUACACCUCCAUCACAAGGGCACGUUUUGAGGAGCUCAACUCAGAUCUUUUCAGGGGAACACUUGACCCAGUUGAGAAAGCCCUGCAGGAUGCCAAGCUGGAUAAAUCCAGGAUUCAUGAAAUUGUCCUGGUCGGUGGCUCCACAAGAAUUCCCAAAAUCCAGAAGCUCUUACAGGACUUCUUUAAUGGCAAAGACCUGAACAAGAGCAUUAACCCAGAUGAAGCUGUAGCCUACGGUGCAGCAGUCCAAGCAGCCAUCCUCAUGGGCGACACCUCAGAGAAUGUCCAAGAUCUGCUGCUGCUGGAUGUGGCUCCCCUGUCUCUGGGCAUAGAAACCGCAGGCGGUGUUAUGACACCUCUGAUAAAGCGAAACACCACAAUCCCCACAAAGCAGACUCAGAUCUUCUCCACAUACUCAGAUAACCAGCCAGGUGUACUGAUUCAGGUAUUUGAAGGCGAGAGAGCCAUGACCAAAGACAACAACCUUCUUGGCAAAUUUGACCUCACAGGUAUCCCUCCAGCUCCCCGAGGUGUUCCACAGAUAGAGGUAACAUUUGACGUAGAUGCCAACGGCAUUCUAAAUGUAUCCGCUGUCGACAAAAGCACCGGCAAAGAAAACAAAAUCACCAUCACCAAUGACAAGGGCCGUCUCAGCAAAGAAGAGAUCGAGCAGAUGGUGCAGGAUGCUGAGAAGUACAAGGCUGACGAUGACAUGCAGAGAGAGAAGAUUGCAGCAAAGAACACGCUGGAGUCCUAUGCCUACCAGAUGAAGAGCAGUGUUGAGGACGAGAGUCUGAAAGGUAAAAUUAGCGAAGAGGAUAAAAAGAUGGUCAUUGACAAGUGCAACCAGACAAUUUCCUGGCUGGAGAACAACCAGCUUGCAGAGAAAGAUGAGUAUGAGCACCAGCAGAAUGAACUCGAGAAGGUGUGCAGACCAAUUGUGACAAAGUUGUACCAGGGAGCAACACCGUCGGGAAGCUGCGGCGGCCAGGCAGGAGGAACCUCCCAGGGCCCCACUAUUGAGGAAGUGGACUAAAGCUAUUCACCUCAGCAUAUCACACUCAUGGGAAAAUUUAUGACUGCGGUUUAGAAAAAAUAAAUGAUUUCAAUGUUGUUUCCUUUUCUACAAUAAAUCUAUAAAAGUACAUCUCUCCUCAUUAUUGUUUGUGAUAAAUAGUAUUUUGAACAUGGAA